AUGGACGAAGUACUCAGUGCAUGGAAAAAAUUGUCCCUUACUGCUGAGAAAAGUACAAAACUUAGCCUGACAAAAUCAAAAAAUCUGAGAAGAAAAGAAUAUGUUCUUGUAGCGAAGUUUCUAACAAAACGUGCCCUAAAUGUGGAUGCUAUAGGGAGAACUUUCAAACCCUUAUGGAGGGCCAGGAACGAGUUCAAGAUUAGAGAAGUAGGAGACCACAUUCUAUUAUUUGUUUUCGAACUUGAGACAGAUGCGGAACGAGUAUUAGCCCAAGAACCGUGGUCAUUUGAUAAGCAUCUUGUUCAAUUCCAACGAUAUGAUUAUUCGAUCCUGGCCAAACAUCUACGCUUUACAAAGAUCAUGUUAUGGGUGCAAAUACAUGGUCUGCCUAUGAGAAUGCUAGACCCCGAGACUGCCAUUGAAUUAGGAGAAACCCUUGGGGAGGUGUCAACCAAGGAAGCCGAGAAGGAGAUGGUAGGGGGUGACUUUGUUCGGGUUAGGGUGAAAAUAGAUGUCUCAAAACCAUUAAGCCGAGGUCGAAGAAUCGUCUUGGAUGAAGACAUUGAGACUUGGGUAUCUUUCAAAUACGAGAAGCUCACCAACUUCUGUUACUGGUGCGGUAUGGUGUCUCACGAUGAGAAAGAGUGCGAGAAAUGGCUUGCUGGGAAAGGAUCAAGCUCUCAUGCAAAGCAAGAAUAUGGAGCAUGGCUGCGGGCUACCCCUUAA